GCAUUCAAGAUCGAUUCCACGUCAAGAAAGUGUUUACAUUCUGUAUUUUCUUUUGUCCCACAAAACGCCGGUGCUAGUAAAAAUGGCGGUAUCAACAACGGUGUCGCUGGUGCUGGCCUCACUGUCGGCUGUGCUGAUUUUUUCGGGCAUGCAAAUGUAUCGACCCCUGUUGGCCUCCUCCCAAAUGGCUACCAUCUUCGGUGGAUACCUCGGAUCGUGGCUUUUCAUUCUUUCCCUCACCGCGGUAUCAAACCUGGAGGCGGUUGUGCUGGGCUACGGAUUUCAGGCCAAAUUCUUUCCGGAAGUUUCGUUCUGCCUCGUCGUUGCGCUGUUCGCCUGUGGCAUGGUACACCGUGUUUGUGUCACUUCGUGCGUACUCUUCUCAAUUGCUGCCCUGUACUACGUUAACAAAAUAUCCCACAAGGUACAUAAUGUAGCCGCACCGGUGGAUAGCUACGCUGGGAAGAAAAAGAAGAAAUGAAAAUCCUGGGUUAUCGGGACAUUGGACUAUCCAAGGGCUAGAAUGCAAUUUUGUACUUGCAUCACUCGUAGCGUUUAAGAUCAAACUCGUGUCUAAUCUAGAAAGUCAGCUCAGCACAGCGAACAACACUAAUAAAUAAUUGACAUUAAGGAACCGCCUAACUGAGUUCCGCGUUUGGUUUACAGAA